AUGGCUCUCAACACGCCGCAAACAAUCCAAGACGCUUUGCACCGAUCAUCAGACUUCGUCGUAAACGAGGAGGAAAUGAAAAACUUGGACGAGCAGUACGAAGCAACGAAAGCGGCAAUCCGAAGCUCAAUUUUGCCGCGCCCCGCGAAGAAAGGCAACCCAUCAAGCAACACAACAACGCAGAGCUCGGAUGAACCUAGAAGCGGAGGCGCCCAUAAUUACCAGGUAGGCACCAGACGCGGAAGAGGAGAGCCGUGCAACAACACUUGGGUGAGAAAGUCUCCCAACUACGACGAGAAGGCUUUCUGCGAGUAUCACCAGACCUACGGGCAUUCAACCGCUCAAUGCCAAACGUUAGGAGCAAAGCUCGUAGCAAAGAUGGCAGCGGGAGAGCUCCAAAACGCGGUUAACAUCAAAGACCUCGUCCCUAAUGAACAACAAGAGAGAGCCGAGCCGAGCGGCGCGGCAGAACCCGCGAAUCCUCCUCGACGAGGCGAUAACCCCAAGCGUGACAGGAGAGAUACCGUAUCCUCCAUCAAAACCUAUCAGCGCCGAGCCGAAGCGAAGGAGAAUUGGACAGAACCAACCGACAUCCCAAACAUAGUGAUCUCCUUCGCCGAGGAGGAAACAGCAGGAAUCGAUCGACCUCAUAACGAUCCGUUGGUGAUUGAGUUAACGAUCAGGGAUCAUGACGUAGCAAGGGUGCUCAUCGAUACUGGAAGCUCGGUGAACGUCAUCUUCAGGGAAACACUCAGAAGAAUGGGAAUCGACCUCUCCGAGGUCGAAGCAAUCCCCAAACCUCUAACCGGAUUUUCAGAAGAAACGACGAUGACUAUGGGAACGAUCAGGCUUCCUGUGGUAGCUGGCGGAGUCACAAAAAUCGUCGAAUUCUGCGUCACCGAUCACCUAGCAAUAUACAAUGUGAUCAUGGGAACUUCGUGGAUCAACGGGAUGAGGGCGGUACCCUCUACCUAUCAUCGCUGCCUCAAAUUCCCAACCCCAGCAGGUGUUAAAACGAUCUGGGGGAGUCAGAAGGAGUCACGAAUGUGCUGCCUAGCCGAGCAUAAGCUAAGGAACCCCGUCACCGACGCACGAGCAGACAUCGACCGCAAAAAGAAGAAGACAGACCGAGAGCCCGCGAACGAGCUCUCGAAACUCUUAUAG